UUCGUGUACUGUUACUCUGCACAUGAAACGUUUCUGGUUACACAUGCAUAUGCAGUAAAAUGAUGCUGUCAUAUCAGUUUAAACGUCUCUUUCACAUAACCUCCCUAGAUAUCAUUGACUAGCAUGGACUGAUGAAUGGCUAAAAUCAUCGGCGUCCUUACCAUGGAAUAUUCUAAUCGUGUGUCGAAACUUCCGGUUUAAGAUGGCGGCGACCUUGUGUGGGAAGCUUCUACUCAGACAGGGCUGGCUGCCCGUGACACAUUGUGUUCGUCAUGGAUCCAAGGCAGUUACACGCCACAGGAAGCCAAUGCACUUCCUCAAGCAGAAGCUAUUGGCUGUCACAGAGUACGUUCCUCCCAAACCUUCAGCCUCAAAGCGCCGUGUCCCCCAGGUCAAACCACACCAGGAGGAAAGUGGCUUGGCGGUGCUUCUGAAGAGGGAGGUGCAGUCCAUUUUCCAGGAAUGUAAGAUGAUUGCCGUGGUUCACAACAGUGCCACAAAUGCUGAGGAGAUGCUGCACCUCAAACACCGGCUGCGCAAGCAUGGCAUCACUGUCCGAUUCUUCCCAAACCAGGUGAUGCGAGCCUUCCUGGAGGACUCCCAGUACAGUAACAUGGAGCCCCUUUUCAUUGGGCCGACAGUACUGCUCGUCAGCAAGGAGCCCAAGGUCAAGGAGAUGCUGCAGGGCCUGAGGGCUGUGCCCCAGAUGGUGCUCAUGGGAGCCUGCAUUGAGAACACAUUGCUGAGCCUCCAGGGGCUGGUCAGCUACUCUAAACUACCAUCUCUGGCCACGGUUCAGGGGCAAGUCGUUAGCGCACUGAGUCUGCAGACGUCCCAAACGGCCGCCGUGCUGCAGCACCACCCAGCCCGCCUGAGCGCGCUCCUCCAGCAGUACGUGACACAGAAAGGCCAGGAAGGAACACCGGGAGGGAGUGAUGGAAAGGCAGGGGAGAUGACCCCCGUAUAGCUGUAGCACCCCCCCCCCCCCCCUUCCCAGUGCUGGACUGCCGCUGACCAGCUGUAUUGGGGCCAGUGGGAAUGAAUGCCGCAGGUAUUUCAUGUCUGCAGCUUUGUCCUCUGACCUUUGAACUUCACUCUCUGUCACUGGCCCCUCAUACUGCUAGCUACCCCAAAAGGACUACUGUGUCAUUUAUUUUCUCAUUCUGCAACUACCAGCCCUUAUGUUGUUUUUGACGGAUCAAGAAAUGUUAAGUCAUAUUUAAGACUGUUCUUUUACACAAUAAAAGGAACCACCUGUGUUCCGCACCCUGCCCUCCCUCCCAUGUCACCUUGGCACAUAACUAAAUACAAACUUGAAAUAAUCAGUGAUCUCAUAAUUGGCUUCUUCUGUCUGUGUUUUUUCCCCAAUGGAAUGCAGACUGGCAGCGGUGAAUCACAGGUGUUGCAUCACACUCCAGUUAUGGAACUCAGGUCCCAUGCAGGCAGUGCUCCUCUUAUUCACUGUGCUGUGCUCACCAUAUCAGCCAAUCCACAGAGACAAGUGAACCUGCUCUGUACUUUUGCACAACGUGAAACACAAGCCCUGGUGAUGAUUUAACCUUUCUCAAUGUCCCCAUAAACUUGAGAGAUAUUAGACAUGGUCUAAGGAGAAAAGGCUGGAACAUUCUCCUCUGUCACAUUUUAGUAAGUAAGUAAGUAAUGGCACAUUUUAACACACCAGUGGUGGUUUAGAGUUAAAUUCUGAUAGUGUUGUAAGUUGUCUAGUUUGUUACAACAUACUACACAUUCAUCUGAGAUUUUAGAGGUGGAAUAAGCGUUUUGAAGCACAUUUUGAAUGCCCACUUUGAGUUUGAAUUGUUAAUUACACAAAUGCACUCACAAAAACAGUGUUGGAACAUUUGACUGUCAUUAAAAUGCCACUCCGUCUCUGCA